AUGGCCGAGUCCACUGCACCGAAAAGGUGGCUGCCUUUCAAGCCCACCGCCCUACGUCAAAACUCCGACCCGAAGCCGGAAGCCAAAGGCAAGGUCGAGAAUGGCGACGACGACAACGACGACGACGGGCUCAGCUUGUUCAAGCGCUCCAAGGAGUUCUUCCCCAAGGUCAUCGCCGCCGAGGCGCGCCGUCGCCAACGCAAGCACGCCCACCGCGACAAGGGCAAGGAGCUCGCGACGCCUGCUGCCGACGCACGAGACGACUCGGACGACCCUGGGCACGGCGCACGACUCUCCAAUGACAGCUACAGACAUGCGAGUCCCAGCCGGUCGCGACCUGUGAAGAGGGCGAUCGACGACAGCGAUGGCGAUCUCGAGGAUCACAUUGAAACGCCGCCUUCCAAGCGAUCACGCACGAGCGACGAGUACAUCGAGCGCAAGACCAAGACGACACGCUCACCGAGCUACGACCACCCGUCCACGCCAUCACGGCACGCCACCAGAUCUCUCGCACUGCGCACGCCGAAGAAGGAAGGCUCGUCGCCCAAGGGCAAAGACGCCGUCGUGUCCCUCGACGACAGCGACGCGAGCGACGCUGACUUUUAUGGCGCCACCCCCGUGCGCGACAUGCCAGGUGCGCGCUCCUCCCACGGCGCUGCCAUUGUCCUUGACUCCGACGACGACGACGACCCCUUUGCCGAAGGCGAACAAGUCAAAGCAUCGGACGACGGCACCGGCAGCAAGACGGACGAGGACAAAGACGAAGAAGAAGAAGAAGACGAAGGAGACGACGACGUGGAAGAGUACAUCCGCGCCGCCCGCGAGCGCCAGAAGAAGGCCGAGGCAGCCCAGGCCAACCCCACCGAGGCCGACCAGACACGCAUCACCAUCCUCAUGACGUCGCCCAUCCCCGGCACCAAGCCGGUCAAGUACCUCUACACCCUCUGGAAGCCCCUCGGCAAGCUGCGCGAGGUCUGGAACAGCACCGAGGGCUACGACGUCGAGCCCCCCCUCGACGACGCCGCCGUCACCUUCAUCACCUGGCGCGGCCGCCGCCUGUACGACUCGACGACGCUCAACAGCCUCCAGAUCCGCGCCGCCGAGAACGGCACGCUGCGGUCCCCUGCCGUCCGCAACCCGCACGACGCCGACGGCUUCUCCGACGGUUGGACGAGGGUGCACAUGGAGAUGUGGACCGAGGCCCUCUGGGACGAGCACAAGCGCAAGGAGGACCGCAGGCGCCUGCGCGACCUCGGCGAGUUGGACGACUACUCAGACGACGACGACGACGACGACGACGGUGGUGGCGUCGCUGUCGGGGCGGAUCCCGAAGCGAAGGAGACGAAGAUCAAGAUCAUCCUCAAGGCGCGCACCGGCGAGCCUGUCAAGACAACGGCGCGACCGGCGAGCACCGUCGCCGAGCUCAUAGAGGUGUACCGCAAGAUGAGGGACGUGCCUGCAGGCACGGAGAUUCAGCUUCAUUUUGACGGAGAGCCGCUGGACGGCGAGACGACGGUCGAAGACGCCGACAUUGAGGACAUGGACUCAUUAGAGGUUCAUCUCCGAGAGUAA